AUGAAUCGCUUGCUGGAGUUGGACCAGCAGCACCACUCCAGCCGUCCUCUGCUGGAUGAACACGGCAGAGUGAGGUUGAAAAACCCAGUCACAGGCGUCACAGAGACAGGAUUGAAAUGGUCAGAGGUCUUGGAACGCGCUCCAGGAUAUUUCUCAAUGCUGCAUCACACCAUUCGCAACCGCGAAGCCUACGGAAAAGCUGUGCAUGGUCAUUUCAUUCGCAUCGCCAAGCAGCUGUCGCAGCCGCCGUACCUGAGAACUGAUUUCCUCCGCUUGAUUUCUGAGAUUCCCACUGCAUCUCUGGGCACAGUUGAGCAGGAAGCAAACAAGCAGCACCCUCGCGGCUUGGGGAUGAAUCAGCAACUGCGCCAGGGAAAAAGUAUGCCGAAGAUCACGGGUCUGGGGGAAGCAGAGGACGCACCGGGCAAACCCUAUCCGGAGUGCGCCGCUGGUGAAGAACCACCGGGUCAUUUUGGCGAAUCGACGUUGGAAUGCUUGGAAUGCACCUUCGAGUCUCUAGGUACGGUACGCUGCACGACAUCGACUGAGGGCCUCUUCCAACAGCUACCGCGCAAAAGUGCGAAUAAAGAUCUGGGCAGGCCCAAAAAAUUCUAUGCCGCUAUGGCCGGCUAUGCAGAGCAUGCAGAGCCGUCAAGCUUCGACUGGUCCAUGCUGGAGGUUCAGCUGCUGGCUGACUGGGAACAACGUCGCCAGGCCGUUCAGGCCUUGGGCCGUGGGAAGUUCGACGCCGACGCCGACCUCGACCGUGCUCUGAAGUUAGUCACCCGGCAACUGGCGGACGCGGAUCAACACGUCCGCAGGUCUGCGUUGGAGGCGUUGGUGCGGCUGGCUUUGCCGCCGCCGCCGCAUGAAGAUAUGAGCCCGGAGGACGCCUCAGCAGCUGCAGUGGCGCGGCAGAAAGCGCAAGAAAGCGAGGUGAUGCAAAAAUUGCUGCAGCAAGUGAUGCUGCGGCUGGCUGAUGAUGAGGACUGGGGUGUGCGGCGGGUUGCUCUGAGCGCCCUGAGUGAAAUGGCGCCCAGAGGACACAGCAGAGCCUUGAAGGCGGUGGAGGUCUAUCUCCGCGAUGGCGACGACGACGUGCGGGCCGCAGCGGCGGCGGCGACCGGGAAGCUGGCGCCCAAGGGGGAUGAGGACUCGCUUGGAAAGUUGUUGGGACUGCUGCAGGAUGACGAUGAGGCUGUGCGCCAAGCUGCAGCGCUGGCCGUGGGCCGCGUGGCGCCUAAGGGGCACUCGGAGGUGGUAAGAUGCCUCAGGGAUCUGGCCAAUGAGGAAGAUGACGAGCUGUAUGGCUUUUCCAACAUCAACACGGGUGAGUGGACCGAUGGCCUCGUGGCUCUACUGGUGCGCGAGGCUGUGAGCGAUACCUCCGACAACAAGAAAUGGGUGCUCUUCGACGGACCCGUGGAUGCCAUUUGGAUUGAGAACAUGAACACGGUUGCCAUGGAAUCUCUUGGGAGCAUUCUGACAGGUGACAAGAUUGAGUUCACCAUUGUUGAAAGGCUUCAGGUUGGGUUGUUCCGGUGUCUCCUUCACCCCAACACUGAGAUUGUGCUGCAGGUUGAUGGGAAGUGGGAUCCUCAUGUUGCUUCCUCUAGUAGUGCUACGCUCCUGGAAUUUGAAGCUAGUUGGGCAAAUGGUGUCAUUCAUGUGACCGCCAAGAAAGAUGGUAGCAGCUGCCUGUUGCUGCAUCCAAGUCAGAAUCGUGGCCAAGUUCGAAUUGCUGAGUUUUUUGGGGGGCUGGCUGGGUGGUCUUAUGCCCUUCAUGCCUUCGGUGUCGAACCGGCUGUGAUCAUUGAACGUGAUAGCAAGGUUGCCAGUGCUUGUGCCCAAGCUUGGCAGUGCGAUGUGAUUGAACCUGAGACCUUUCUGGAACGUGCCCUUUCAGGUGAUGUGAAGGAGUCUGUCAUUGUUUGUGGUUGUGUUACCAAUUCACUUAUUUGGCAGGGUCUUGGAAUCAUGAAUGUUGCUCAUGGGAUGGCCUCACCACCAUGUCAGCCGUGGUCUGGUGCUGGGUCGGAACGUGGUACGAGGUCAGAUGAUGGCAAGGUCUUUUCUGAUCUCUUGAAGAUGGCAGGUAGGCUGCAAUUGAUGUCUCUGAUGGCUGAGAACGUGCCAGCCAUUGUCUCUCAUGGUGACUUUCCAGGCAUGAUUGCAGGUGCAUUGCUUGAUGGCAUGAAGAUGGUAGUCAGUGGAGUGUACAGCUGCCAACGUAUUUUGCCGGUGUACAGGGACCGCUGGCUUGCAACAUUUUGUCAUUGUACAGUCACCUUCGAUCCCGAGAUUGUACAAAGAGCUCAGGCGUUUUCAUUAGCUUCCGGUAGCUUGUGUUUUCCAAUGCCUGGUCCCUCCCUGCUUGCAUCCGAUUCCUUGCAUCCGGCCUCAACAUCCGAUUUGCGUAAUCAUUUGUUGUUGAACGAUGCUGCCUUGGAAAUGCUGAAAAGAAGUGACCUUGUCCCCAAGUGGCUUGCCUCCAAGAUCAACUGGUCUCUCGAUGAACCCGUCCUGUCUGCUAGAAUUGUCACGCCUGACAUGAAGAUGAGUGGGGUUAUGGCCAGGUAUGGGAGUCAGCAUUUGUUGCCAAUUGACCUUUUGCUGUCCAAGGGCUUGCAGACAGUUGUAGUGAAGGAGAAUGGAAAGAUCCGCUUUUUCUGCCCAUGGGAAAUUCUGGCUGCUCUAGGCUUUCCUUCGAAAGUUGUGAUUGCAGCUGAUUUGACUGAUGCCUUUCAACAGGUUGGGAAUUCCAUCAGCCCGAUUCAUGCAUGGAUUCAGCUUUCCAAGACGCAUAUGUUGUUGGGUCAUCUGUCCAUGUUUUCUUUUGAUGCUGAUGUGUUGGCAGUACUGAAGAGGAUUAGGGAGCAGUGCAUUCGUUUAUCUGCUUUUGAACCCUUUGUCGACGGUGUUUUUUCCAAGCUCAGGGACGUGUGCUUUGAGGAUGAUUUGCCAUUGCAGGUGAAGCGCUCAAGGCAGUCCAGCGAAGUAGAAAAAGAUGUGUCAGCUACCAUUCCUUUCGUUGCUGAGGUAGAUUGUCAAGCUGUUUGUACUGCUCCGAUGAGUGAGAACUGCGUCUUUGCAAUUGAAAAGUUUGAUGGUUCCUUGCACAGCUUUUGCAAAGGAGGGCUUGCGUUCCUCAAGCAUCACCAACACAAUUGGAUGGUAGUUGUCCACGGGGCGGUGGAUGAAGCGUUGGACCAACUCAUUGGACGGGCACUUCCACAUGCCAAGAAAACCCAUUUUGAGCAUUUUCAGUGGAUGGGUCGUGAGAUUCAAUGGCAGGACAACGUCACUUGUGCACCGCCUGCAACCAUUCUUUUUCGACCUCUUGUGUUCAAAGUUGAGUGUGUGUUGCCGGAUGGUCGCAUGAUUGAAAUGAAUGGUGAUGUGACAUGGACCAUUCGGACUCUCAUGGCAUUCCUUGCUGCGAAACUCAAGUGUAAUGUGGAUAUCCUGAAGGUUGGUUACAAUGGUAUUCCCACCAAGGCAUGUGAUUUUGUCACGGAAUUUCCCAUGCAAACCUUUCAAGUUUCCUUUCAAGCGUGUCUGCCAGGGUAUGUUGCUUUUGCUGCAGUGGACCACAAAUUGCAAGAAAAGGGUAUGAUCCCUGCACAUGAUGGCUGUGUGCGUUUUGUCGCAAAACAUCCGGCUUUCAAAGUGAUCAGAACUGCCUGUGUGCCAGUCGGAUCCCCAAUUGCUGCUGUGGUUCGAAUCCUUUUCCCUGAUUUGUGUGGUACCAUCACCUGGACUGUGCAUGUGCAAGGAACACCGUGCAGUGUUGAACAACCGGUUGAUAAGCACACUACAUUUGAUGUGGAAUGGGACUGCUUCAAGCCGUUGCCGCCUUCUGCAGUCAGUGCAUUGUGUCUCCUUUUGCCAAUUGAUGCUGCCCAGAUGCAAGUUAAACACCAUGCCAGUCCCCAACGUUGGGUGAAGUCACCAUUUCGUACGAAAGCGCAGAUCCUUCGCACUGAUGAGAGUAUCACGCUCAUGCAGAUGGCUGCCUCAUUUAUUGCACAUGCACAGCUUGAUUUGAACAUGACUUGCCAUGUUGAUGGGAUUUUGACAGAUCCUUCAAUUUGUCUCAGCCAAGUUUCCACACAGCAUGUCAUUUGUUUCAAAGUUGCUCCUCUUUUGGGGGGUGCCAAAAAAGCCGAUACCAUCAAAGCCAGGGUUGUCAAAGUGCUGGAGCAACAUGGUGUCUCUAAGGACGCUAGCAAUGAUAGAGCGGGAUCCUUGUUGUCCAAGGCCGAUUUCGAAACCAUUGCCAAGGCUGAAUCAGGGACGGAUGAUGACUUUUGGGCUGCCAUGAAAACUGAGGCAAACCGAGUGAACUUCCGACUUGUCUUCAGAAAUGAAAUGCAGCAGGCAAAGAUUGAUGGUCGUAGGAAGCCACCCUCCAAGCAGGCUCGAAAGACCAAGACUGCAGGUGCACAUGAUGAUUUCAUCCCCAACUCUUCAAACGUUGUGAUUGACAUCAAGCACUUCAAAGAUGGUGAUGACAGUAUCGAAAUGAUUGAGACUGCCAGGUUUGGACCUGAUCGAAGGGGUCUGGCUGUGAUGAGUUUGGAGGAGGCUGACAGACACCCACAGGGGUCAUCCAUGAGUGUUGAUGCGCUUGCUGUGCUGAUUGUUGGCAAAAAAUUUGGUGCUGCCGAUGCUCCCUUCAAUAUGCCAGCUGUCACUACGCGUGGUGAGCCUGUUGUCAUCCAAGCUGCCCUCCGACAGUUUGGUGAUCGGGAGGUUUCCUUUCAACCUGCCGUCCCAUGUGCUGAUGUUGCAUGUGCUGCGUCGACAGUAGUUGAAUUGCACAUUUACAAAAGUGAGGUGGGUUCCUGGAAAGAAUGCUCCGUGCCUUUGCAUUAUUUGGGAGUUCACAUUUCUGCUGUUCGAGGGUCUAGUCUGAUUUCUACUUGGUCCAUGAAGACUUGGAAAAGUACCAGGCAACCAUCACCCUUCAAAGAAGCUGAUUACUGGCAUGGUUUCAUUCGUGUCCCAGAUGAUAUCCUUGAUCAGGUCUUGUGUCGAUCGGGAUAUGCUGGCAUUUUUGUCUCCCCAAAGGAUGGCAACCGCAGGCAUGACGACCGUUUUGCUGUCAUAGCCAUGCCUGAUUGUGGGCUCACGGAAGUUCAAAAGAAGGCAGCUGCACAAGAAAAAGCACUUGGAGUCGUGAGAUUGCGUGAUCAAUUUGGCAUUCGAUGCAGACGUGAGUACUCAUCAUCCCUCAGAGCCAUUCUCCUACCCGAGUCUGCAUUCGUAGACACUGCAGGUAUCAAAGCCGAUGAAACCAUGUGGGUUUUGAAAAACAUGCCAGCUGAGGUAGGUAAGGAAGGUCUGCUUGAUGCUUUGCAAAGAGCUGGUUGGGAUGCCCAACCUAUCCGGGCCCAAGGGCAGAAUCGUUGGUUGGUUGCUGCCCGCGACACCCCAGAAUCGAAACAUUUCUGCAUCAAUGGGUCAUAUGUUUUGGUGGAACCUGUCAAAAGACACAGAGAUGGCAAUGCUGUUACUAUCACUGCCAAGCAAGUCAAAGUUGACACUUUGGUCAAUACUACCAAUGGCAAUGUUCAGAUUGCGGCAUCGACCAGAAUUCAAGAAGUCAAAGCUGAGAUCAGCGAGCAACUUGAGAUGAAAAUGCAAGCCGCGAAUGAAAAGAUUGCCAUGUUGUCCUCGCAGUUGGAGAACUUUCAGAUUGCACAGCAGCGGAAAGAUGAAGAAGCUCGUUCUGAACUGCAACAGGUGCGAGAUGAGCAGGCCUUUGCUCGUCAGAAAAUUGGUGAGGUAGAACAGUCUGUAGUGCACAGUGGUCAGACUGUCAUUGCGACUAUGCAGCAAAUGAUGGCCAGUUUGGAAACAAACGUUAAACAAUGGAUGAGUCAGAGCUCGGUUGGUGAUGAUGGAAAGCGCAGCAGGACUGAUCAGCCAGGACGUGCCGACAGCUUUGCGACCAAAAGUUGA